GCAAUGUCAGUGUUGUUCGGGCGGCGUCGCGGUGCGGAGGUUCUUUGACUCGGCCAGUUGUUGCGUCCUGCGUGUGCGUCUUGCGUCUUGCGUGUGCGUCUUGCGUGCGGAUCUCGGGCUUUGGUGAGUGCGGGGUGGUGCGAUGGGGAGCAGUGGCGGCAGCGGCGAGGACCUGUGCGUCCACCUCGGGGACUACGUUCUCCGCUUCGAGGAUGAGCCCGAGUACGAGGAGGUCUACAGGGAGCGCGCCCUCACCGAGCUUCGUGAGACCCCCGAGCUCCGACAGCAGUCCCUUCAGGAACUGAGGCAGCUCAUGCAGACGGAGCCGGAUCUAUACGUGCCUUUGGAUGACGAAUCACUGCAGUUGGCGUUCUUGAGGUCCUGUAAAUUCUACCCUCAGAACGCAUUCGAAAGGAUGAAGCAGUUGUACCGGCUCAAAACGAAGCAUCCGAAAUAUUUUUCCAACCUUGUGCCGAGUGAGAACAAGAACGUAUUUAGCAAUAAUCUCCUUACUGUUUACCCAAACAGAGACCAACACGGUAGACGAAUCCUGCUCGCUCAACUUGGCGGGAAAUGGAAACCAAAGGACGUUUCGUUGGUCGAGAUAAUGCGUGGGAUCAUGAUCAUUAUAGAGGCAGCCAUCUUGGAACCGAGGACGCAGAUUUCUGGUGCUAGUUUGAUGGUGGACGUCGAAGGGCUCACACUUCAACAUAUCUGGCAGUUCACGCCUGGAUUCGCCAAAAUGGCGCUUGACUGGGUCCAGGACUGUCUGCCUGCCCGGAUAAAGGCGAUUCACAUUGUCAAUCAACCAUAUAUUUUCAAUAUGCUCUUCUCUGUAUUCAAACCUUUCAUCGGAGAAAAGCUGCGGAAUAGGAUUCACUUUCACGGCUCUGACCGAAGUUCAAUCCUGUCUCACGUGGAUGCGAAGUGCUUGCCGGUCCAAUACGGCGGAUUAUGUGAUAUAGAUUUAGAUAAAGGUCUCGAACUAUGGGCACUCCUCAGCAAAUAUGAAUGGCUCUACCAACAAACGACUAGCUAUGGAUACAAACCUCGAGACAAGAAAGGCAAAGCAAAUAGUACCAACAACAACAUUACUGCGGAGAGUCCAGUGAUUAAAACGAACUAAGUAAUCACCAUAACCUGUCACUGUUACCAAAAGAUUUUCUAAAUUUUAAGAAUGAUUUUUCCUUAAAAGACUGCAACGGUUUCGAUCAAACUAUUUGAAACAAUUUUCAAGGAAGUAAAAUGGUGAAGAUGCAUAGUGAGUGCAGCCUCAUUUUUGGGGGCGCUAUUUUCAGACAUAUUUUUGUCACUUACGUAAAUAAAUCUCAAUAAUAUGUACCUGUGCCCCAUAGCAUGAAGGUAAUAGAGCAGGACCUAGUCCCGUUUCAGCCACUCUAAGAUAUCAAAGAAAAAACACGCACAUUUUUUAUAAAUUAGUUCAUACAUUUUUUACUACUACUACUACCAUUCUGAGCAUCAGUUCGCAUUCAAAGGCUUGAAUACAGUGUUUGCUUUUUUUAUGGUUUUGCGUACCUAAGGGUUUGUAAUUUAUUUUGAAUAUUUUUCAACUGAGCAUGACAUGAUCAGAGGCGAAUUUCGUGGUUUUUUGGAACACACAAUAAAAAAUUUCGAGUAGAAAAAAAUGAGAUUUUAAAGUAUUAUUGACUGACGAUGAGGGCGAUGUCAAAUCUACAAAUAUGAUGAAUAGUUUCAAAAUAAGUAAAUCCUUUGAUUUAUUGCUAGCCUCCUUUCAAUUUAGUAUUUCAUAUCCUUUAAAAAAAUUUCAAAAACACCUUGAUGCCUAAAAUGUGAAAACCUUCAUUUUCCAGAAUCAUCGGGUGCAGGUGAGUGAAAAUACGUGACCAGUCCAUAUAAUUAGGUAACAUUCGUGCGAAAACCCUCUAAAAUAGGAAAUUGAAGUUUAAAUUCACUUAGAAAAAUCAAAAUGGCAAAGUUAAUUCACCAUUUUUGCACCAAAGAAUAUUUUAUGUGACCACUUUUGGAACUUUAAGUACCUUUUCUGCAACGACCUAUACGUAGAACACGUAAAUGAUAUGAUAAAAAUAAUGAAUUUUAAAAUUAUUGGCUUUCAUCGGAAAUACAAUUUGGAUGAGCUUAAAUAAAUCAAUCAAUGUAGGAGUUUUAUUAACCUCGACCUCGACGUGGGGCAAAUAGACCAUUGUGAAAAAGAAAAAUUGAACAGAUAUUUUUGAAAUAUUACAUGUUCCACCCCUUGCGCGUGGACCCUUCCUUGUCUUAAUUUGAAGGCAUCCUUUACAAAAUGCACAAUGUGCGAUUAUUUUUAGUAGAUAAUACGGUAAAGCUGUCAAAUACCUACCUAUCACCUGUCUUCUUAUGAAUAAGUACCUGAUAAAUAUUUUAAGACCUACACAUUUUAGAAUAAGAACCUACGUACGCAAUGUAAUUAAAUACAUUUGAAGAAAAUUA